GUAAAUCGGAAUUGGUCCACUUAUUUAUUGAAAUAGCAAUUUGGUCCUUGUAAGAAUAACAGUUUUUAAUGUUCAGUCCAUGGAUCAUCUUCAACAAACGUGUUCUCUUCUCUUUCACCACCACUGUUCAAUCAGCAAACGUGUCAUCUUCUCUUUUACCUCGGUUACUCUGUUCCACCACUUAUAUACAUGUCUGAUGCUACGUUUUUCCCACUGACAAUCUACCGCUUUUUUCUUAUCUGCUCUAUAUACCACUUUUGAAACUCUGUCUUGGAAAGCUUGGAGACAAUCCUUCGACUUCUCUUCCUUACCCUUCUAUCUUUGUCUCUCUGUAAGAAAAAGUCAGCUCCUCUUCCUCACGAACCACUGUCACCCAUUUACCGGCUCAGCCAAUGUCAUUCCUCCUGUUGGUGAAGAAAGACAAAACGAGCGGUGACCGGGGGUUCCUAACAAAAACCCUAAACUGAUUUCGAUCGUCUGUAUGUCCAUCUCCACUUUGAAUUGAGAAUCAAUGACCACCAUUACGCCCCUAGGUAUGUGUUGUGAGCGAAUGGAAAAGAAUGAUGAGGUUCUCUUCCUCAUCUAAUUAAUCGAUCCUGACCACAAGGUAAAUGAUUUGACUAAUCGAUUCAAGUUAACUGGAGAUCAAUAUUUUUUUGGUUUUGAAAUUUAACUUUACAUCAACUCCUCCUCUAUUUUCUGCCAUCCGUAGGUACGUUUUCGUCUAUUAUUUCUGUUUUCUGUCUUUGUUUACAAGUAUUUUGGGUGUUGAACGGGUGAUCGGAAGGAAGAUGUGGGUGGGUCUGUUUGAUGCAAAUUUAGAGAAGAAAUUUGGUGAAUUUCAAGGGUGUAGUGAAGAAAGACGCAAGCAAUUGGAAGAUUCAAAUAAAUAAAAUACAACAAUUACAGGAUCUGAGCAGAUCAAAUGGAAGGCUUGCAAUCUUGGGUCACAAACCACCAGUUUACCAACAUAGGUACAAUUUGGGCAACAAUAGUUGCUACAUCAAUGGCUUACACAAGCGCUAAGAGAGAUGCAUUUAAGCCUAACGUUAGAUAUACAAGUUGCAUUGAAGCAUUUAAACAAUUUAUAUUUAUCUCUAUGGUUAUUUUAUAUGUAUUUGUUUGCCACUAUAGGAUGCAUGCAUUAGGUUUAACGUUGGUAGAUCAACUUUCAGUUGAGUUUAAGCCUAUUCGCGUAUAUUCAUAUAUUGAAUGGCAAGUGGAUGAAUUGGAGAAAGCUAUUUCUGAGGCAGCUAGAGACCCCGCUAAAUAUGGAAUCGAUCAACCCGAACUUGAAAGAAGAUUUAAAUGGACAAGAGCCGCUAUGACUCAAUUGAUUUUGUUUAGGAGGUGUUAAGAAAUUAGUGGUUGGAACAGACUUCUUCCACAUUUAGUGAGAUGUAUCAAGAACUAAUGAGUCUGUUAAGUGCACGUCAGCAAGUAUGAUGUAAAGUGGGUUUUUUUUUACAUAUCUUAGAACAAGAAAACUAAAACAGGGUAAUGUAUUUUCAUUUGAAUGUUUAGCUUUAUGUAAUUUGGAUCCUUUUUUUUGCAAAGGGCAAUGUCCUUUAUUUUUAUUAUUUUAAGCAUCAAAAUUGUAAAAGGGCGAAUUGCAGAGAAUAACAACAUACUUAACUGUGGCUACCAAUUAAGACAA